UCUUUAUACACCAGGUCCCUGUCGCUUCCCCGUGAGCUGUAAACAAACGACCAUGGGAGGAAAAACAGUAGCUUAUUUUUAUGACCCCGAUGUGGGCAAUUUUCACUACGGUCCAGGCCACCCAAUGAAGCCCCACCGACUGUCCAUCACCCACAGCCUCGUGCUUCACUAUGGCCUCUACAAAAAGCUUCAAAUAUAUCGGCCGUAUCGCGCCAACUUUCACGACAUGACCAGGUUCCACUCGGAAGAAUACAUCGACUUCCUAAUGCGCGUUUCACCACAAAACGUUCAAAACUUCACCAAGAACCUCGGACAAUUCAACAUGGCCGACGACUGCCCAGUGUUUGACGGACUGUACGACUUCUGCUCCAUGUACACGGGGGCGUCUCUGGAGGGUGCUGUGAAGCUGAACCAUAACUGCUGUGACGUUGCUGUGAACUGGUCCGGGGGGCUGCACCAUGCCAAGAAGUUUGAGGCGUCUGGAUUUUGUUACGUCAACGAUAUUGUCAUUGCCAUACUGGAGAUGCUGAAGUACCACCCCCGCGUCCUGUACAUCGACAUAGACAUCCAUCAUGGCGACGGGGUUCAAGAAGCAUUUUAUCUCACCGAUCGAGUGAUGACUGUUUCCUUUCACAAAUAUGGCAACUAUUUCUUCCCUGGGACUGGCGACAUGUUUGAGAUAGGGCACGAGAGCGGCCGGUACUACUCAGUCAAUGUGCCGCUGAAGGAAGGGAUUGACGACGCCAGCUACACCCAAGUCUUCAAACCUGUCAUAGAGGCUGUGAUUGAGUUCUACCGCCCAACAGCCAUUGUUCUGCAGUGUGGGGCUGACUCUCUCUCUGGGGACCGACUGGGGUGUUUCUCCCUCUCCACAAAAGGACACGGAGAGUGCGUCAACUUCACCAAAAAGUUCGGGGUGCCUCUCCUGGUGCUUGGGGGAGGCGGCUACACCCCCCGCAAUGUUGCCAGAUGUUGGGCCUACGAGACAGGCCUAUUGGUGGACACAGAUAUGCCUACAGAGAUUCCUUACAAUACUGAGUACUUCCAAUACUUUGCCCCAGACUUCUCUCUACACCCGGAAGUGAUCACGAGGCAAGAAAACGGAAAUUCUCGACAAUAUUUGGAGACGAUUGUGAAGCACGUCUCUGAUAACCUCAAGAUGGUACAGCAUGCCCCAAGUGUACAGAUGCAGGAUGUCCCCCCCGACGGAAUGCCCAUUAAGAAGGAGGAGCAGGAUGAUCUUGACCCAGACACUCGUAUACACACCAGCGAGGAGGACAAGAGAAUUGAACCAGAUAACGAAUAUUUUGACGGAGAGAAAGAUAAUGAUAAGGAGGAAGAAAUUGAGACCACCACCACCACCACCUCCACCACCACCACCACUACCACCUCCACCAUCAACUAGCUCUCUCUCUCUCUCUCUCUCUCUCUCUCUCUCUCUCUCUCUAGUAUUAGUUCAUUUUUACUAUCAUGUUCAUAUUAACAAGAAAAAAACACUCAUUUUAAUAUUAUAGAGUCAUUUUCAUUUAUAAUAAUAAUAAUGAUAAUAAUAAUAAUGGUUUUAAAUUGACUAGGGUUUGGAUUUGGCGCCAUGUCCAUAUUUGGGAAUACCACCUGUGUAAUUAUUAUUGUUAUUAUUGUUAUUAUUAUUACCAGGAGUCAUCUUGUUUGUUUUUAUGGUUUAUUUAAUGUAGUAAUUUUUUUUAAGUAUUUUCUAAUUAAUUUCCUUUUUUUAUUUAAUUUUUUUUAUGGUAAUUGAAUUUCUAAUGUGACUAUUUUUUCUACCUUUUUAAAAAUUUGUAUUAAUGGUCUAGUUAUUACUGUUAUUAUUGUUAUUAUUAUUAUUACUUAUUUUAGACUGGAAAAAUGUAUAUAUAAUUUUAUGAUAUAUAAUUCUGAGGAGCAUUCAAGUAUUCAUUAAAAUUAUUAACCAUUACUAUUAAUAAACCGACAAAUUCACCCAGACGCGAAUGCAAACCAGUUACCAUUUCUAUUUUUUUUAUUUCAUUUAUUUUACCACCAUUUCUUUAUUUCCACCAUUUAUUUAAGUUUAUUCCCGUUUUUAGUAAUUUUUUGUUAUAUUUUGACCAUUUUGUCGCAAACAUACGAGUGGUAUUAUGUAUUUUUAUAAACCAUAUCAUAGUGA